CCCUGAGGGCCCUUUCUCUUGGGCCAGUUAUUCUUCUGUUGGUCACACACAGGACCUCGCCAUGCAGGGGCUCACGGCCGCCCUUCUUGUCUGGACUCUGAUGUCUCCCCAGGGCCAUGGCAGGGAAGCCUGGCCCACGCACACGGCCUGCAGGGAUGAGAGUUUGCAAAUCCUCUACCAGAGCUGCGACCCAUUACAAGACUUUGGCUUUUCUGUUGACCAGUGUCCCAAACAAUUAAAACCAAAUCUCAACAUCAGAUUUGGAAUCAUUCUGAGGGAGGGCAUCGAGGAGCUCUUCCUGGACGUCGCUCUCUUCAGCAAAGGGCUGUCCAUUCUGAACUUCUCCUACCCCAUCUGUGAAGUGGAUCUACCCAAGUUUUCUUUCUGCGGAAGAAGGAAAGGAGAGCAGAUUUAUUAUGCUGGCCCUGUCAAUAAUCCUGGAUUUGAAAUUCCUGAGGGAGAGUACCAGGUUCUGCUGGAACUAUACAACCAAGACCACUCCACCGUGGCCUGCGCCAACGCCACCAUCCUUUGCUUCUGAGCCAUCUCGGAGCGCGGCGAGCUGCCCCGCGGGAACCGCAGCUUCUCACGCUCACCCUGCCGCGAGGAAGGACCAGCGGACGACAGAGCAAGCCUCUGGGGAGGCGCAGGCGCUGCUUUCAGCCCCAGGACCGGAGGUCCCCGGGCCCCGCGGAUGUAACGAGGCCCCCGAAACACCUGCUUCUCAGGGGCUCCUGGGGGUCACCCCGCAGGCUUGAGGGUCCGCCCCUCCUCCCUGAGCGCUCACCUGACAUCACUCACCUUUUCUCAGCUCCUGGGGGCCCCUCCUCGGUCGCCCCAAAUAAAGAAACCGGCACCACAAUUGUGCCUCGUGGUUUGUUAAAGAAUCUUGGUACAAUCCUGUAGCUCUCGCAUAAGUUCCUCUGCACACAGAGCCAGGGGCUGCCACGGCAUCAGUGAUGCUGAGAGAUUCAGGACAGUGGUGGCCCAGUGGCAAUGACAGCACUGCGAGUGAGCCGUCCCUUCUCCUGGGGGAGCCCCACGCCCUGAACGUGAGGGCCCAGAAGCUGACGAAACCUCACAAGCAGUACAUCACAGCCCCCCUCCGAACAAACCUCAUUAUCCUGAAGCGUGGCUGUCCUGGCCCCAGCGCACCACGGCCCUCGUGAAUGUGUUCGUUAAUUCACUCAGCAAGUCACGGCCGGUCACCCACAUGCUGGGCCCUGUGCUCAGCACUUAGGCUACUCCAGGGAGCAAGACAGACACUGUCCCUGCCCUCAUGGAGCCUGCAGUCCCCUGGAAUAUUAAAAAGCCACAUGUCCACCAGGGGCCACAUUAUGCAUGUACAGAGACACCUCCUUUGAUGCCCCCUGUAAAUGACGAGGCGGCCUGUCUGUUGCCAGAGCCGUUUGGUGUCCCUGUUGUCUCCUGUCCCCGGAUGUGCAGAAUCCCUGGGGGGCUCCACCUCCCC